AACAAGUCCAACCUCGAGCUUUCUUCGUUGUCAACACUCGACUACUACAUAAAAUCCACAUCAAGGUACAUGAUUUUACGCCGGUGUUGGACGCACCGCAUCUCUGUCGCACCCGUCGGCAUACGUGUUCGCUGCUACAGCUCUGCUCACAAUAAUGGCAUAAACCUCGACCGGCCGGUCCAAUCCUAUAUAUCUCGGAGUUCGGACCCGUAUGUCAACCUCUCCAUCGAGCACUAUCUGCUCCAAAAGUCACACCCGGACUCGUCAAUAUUGUUUCUCUACGUCAACCGACCCAGCGUCAUCAUCGGAAGGAACCAAAACCCAUGGCUGGAAGUCAACCUCGGACUCCUCAAUGCCGCACAGACGAGCCCAGGUUCUCCUUCGAGAAUCGAAAACGAACCUCCAGGCUUGGGAGAUGUGGAUCUAGUGCGCCGACGCAGUGGUGGCGGUACAGUGUUUCACGAUGGCGGAAAUGUCAAUUGGACUGUCAUUUCGCCAGCCGCGGCCUUUACCCGCGACAAACAUGCCGAGAUGGUGACACGCGCUCUACGCUCUUGCGGUGUUUCGAGAUCGCGAGUAAAUGAGCGCCAUGACAUCGUUUUGGACCAGGGAACUUCUGAUUAUACUGGUGCUUGGGGACCUGACGCCGACACUCACGCCACACCAUGGCAAAGCUCUACCAUUCGGCCUUUGAAAGUGUCAGGGUCGGCGUAUAAACUCACCAGAGCUAGGGCAUUGCAUCAUGGAACUGCUUUGUUGAAUAGUCCCAACUUGCACACUAUUCCAUCGUAUCUGCGCAGUCCGGCCAAGCAGUACAUCAAGGGCAGGAGUGUGGAUAGUGUUAGCUCUCCCGUGGGCAACAUUCUGCUCAACAACGACGAGUUUAUCGAAAACGUGCAGAGAGAGUUUGGAGAGUUGUAUUCUGGUGCUGGGAAAGCGGUGGGGUUGGGAGACGAGUGUCUUGAGAUUGAGGAGGUCAAGAAGGGACAUGCUGAGUUGAGUAGACGCAACAGNAGUUUGGAAUGGACAUAUAUGCAAACACCUCAGUUUACCUUUUCCGAUCUGCCUCUGAAGCCAGAGCAGAAGGAAGGAGAAAUCGACUACUCAGAUGCCAAGUUCCGCCUGGAUGUGCGUUACGGCGCUGUCACUGGCUGUCGACUCAAAACCAAAGGCAUUACCACCCAACAAAGCGGGCGCCUUGCCCAACUGCUCGAGAAGAAGCAUCUUCAUGAAAUCAGAGAUUGGGAAGCUAUAUUCAGAGAAGCUGCUUCAGAGUCAACCGAAGCAGAGCAAAUGGCAAAAUGGGUGCAGAGUAUGCUUAGUAUACCUUCCCAGUAA